CCAUCCUGCCCCGCGGUGACACAUACACUAACAUGGCGGCCACCGGCAGACUUGUGGACGCCUUUCUCCUCAUUUUCUUCGUUUUUCUCGGCUCUACUUCUUCCCAAACUCCUCACAAAAGGUUCGAAUACAAGCUGAGCUUCAAAGGACCACAUCUUGUGCAAAAGAACGGGAAAAUCCCGUUUUGGGACUACUCAGGCCAUGCUAUUGCAAGCGAUGAACAAGUUCGGAUCACCCCGUCCCUCCGUAGUAAGAGAGGUAACGUGUGGAGUACGUACAUCAACGGACAUGACCACUGGUACAUCGAGGUCACCAUCAGGGUCACGGGGAGAGGUCGGAUAGGAGCAGAUGGUCUGGCUAUUUGGUACACAAAGACAAGAGGAGUGGACGGGCCGGUUUACGGGAGCAGUGACAGGUGGAACGGGGUUGGCGUUUUCUUUGACUCCUUCGACAAUGACAACCAGCACAACAACCCAUAUGUGCUGGUUAUGCAGAACGAUGGAACCAAAUCGUACAACCAUGCCAAUGAUGGCCUGACACAGCAGCUUGGUGGAUGUCUGCGAGACUUCAGGAACAAGCCUUACCCUGUCCGCGCCAAGUUGGAGUACUACCAGAACAGGCUCACGCUGUGGUAUAACAACGGAAUGACUCCCAACAAGGAUGAGUACGAGCUGUGUAUGCAGGCACACGAGGUCCACCUUGAGAAGGGGGGCUUCUUUGGGGUUUCAGCAGCCACUGGAGGACUAGCAGAUGACCAUGAUGUGCUGUCCUUCCUGUUCUACAGCCUGACACCCCCCACAUCAGAAGUGCCCGGAAAGGAAGGUUUCAUCACAGAUGAAGAGAGGGAGAGAUUCACUGGAGAGUUUGACCAGUACCAGCAGAAAUUUGAGAAACAAAGAGAAGAGUAUGUCAAGGAACAUCCUGAUGCACAAGUGGAAGCAGAAUUUGAUGCUGUGUUUGAACGUGAGGAGGAAAGGGAACUGAGGCUGAUUUUCGAGGGUCAGGAGAAAAUCCACAAGACAGUGAGGGACUUGCAGAGGAAGCUGGAUGAGAUCAUUGGUCGACAGGAGCGAACGCUGUCCCUGGUGAGCACGGUACAGCAGAACAUGCCGUCUGCGGGCAGCGUCCAGCCUGCGUCGGGUGGAGGGGGCCAGCCGGCUCCAGCGAUGCCCAUCCAGAGGCACGAGGUGGACGCUGUACUGUCUGCACAGAGAGAACUCACACAGGGCCUCAGGGAUCUCAGAUCCAAAGUAGACACAAUCCACAACCGAGCGGCGACGAUUGAGACGAACCAGCAGCGUCAGCUCCAGGGUCAGGGUCAGGGUGGUGGUGGUGGUGGGGGUGGGCCAGACUUUGAUCCCUUGAUCCUGCCUGAGCUGAGAGACAACCUGCACCAUGUCAAGAGGGACGUCAGCUCGCUCCUUAUACAGAGACCUGGUUCUCAGCAGCUGUCCUGUCCCCCUAUACCCGAGUACCCACAAUGCAUCACACCAGUGUACUUCCUGGUUCUAAUAUUUGUGCAGUCAGCAUUGUUCGUCGUCUACUUAGCCUACAAGAGCAAGCAAGAAGCAGCAAACAAGAAGUUCUAUUAACGACGGACACAUGGUAGCAAGGUAGCCAUGAGCAAACAGUGGAGAUAUUUAUACAAAUAUGUCAUAAUUGGGGUCUGUCCUCUGUAUCACUGUGUGCUGUACAUGUAUAUCAUACAGACUUGUGAUUGUGUUUUUAAAAGUAUUGUACAGUUUUCUGUCGUUCUUGCCCUGUCGAAAAGUGAUAAAUGUGUCAAAUAAAAGCCCCAAAAUGUGUUUUCCAAAUGAGAAUAAAAAGGCAAUAUGCCUGUAGAUCUAGAAUAUCCAAGUUACCAAUAGAGUCAAUGUUUACUAUGAACUCUCAAAGUUGAAAGCUCUUGCAGUUCAGUUCCUAUCUGUUAGGGGUCAGCCUGCCCAGAUGUAAACAUUAAGUCUUUUACAUAUGAUUUGCACUUUUCAGUAACAAAGUGCCAUUGAAGAGACAUGCAAGCAAACGAUUAUGUUGUGGAAGCCAAUUUCUUUGUAUUCUAAGUCAUUGAUAUUGAAAGACUUUGGAUGACAUUUUGAGGAAAUCAAUUGUUCGAAAGUGCCAUUGAGUAAAUGUUCCAGGUACAUGAAUACAGAUUUUUUGUCAAGUGAAUGUUAUAGCUUAGGCCUGUUUUUCAAUGGUGUAGAAAAAUCAAGGUAAAAGUUUGCAAAGUCAGCCAACAAGUAUAUAUUUUCCAGAAAUGGUUUCCACAAUAACUUCUGUGGGAAGCUGGCAGUAUCAAAUUGUUCAGUGAACGUCAAUCGGCAAGUAUAUUUUUCAGAAAUGUUUUUCUCAAGAAUAUGGAAAAGGUGGCAGUAUCAACUGGUUCAGUGAAGUCAUGAUCAAAUUACUUCAUGUUGCCAAAUUUUAAGACAUAGUGCAUUGGUACUAUAAGACCCCUGUACACUGAUUUUUUAUCAGUGUAUUAUUCUGAAUGUGAUAUGAAGGUUUAAAAAGUUGACACUUGCCAAAUGUGAAAUUGAAGUGUUAGUUUGUAGUUGUCUAGUUGUAGAUGCCCUACACUUGGAGGUACAUGCAUUGUAUCAACCCUAAAAAGCCAGUCUCUACUAUGGUUGAAAUUAAAACUACAAGAUAGUUUAAUACAGAAAGCUUCAUUUAAGCUUUAGCUGCCAUAGAUUCAACAGAAAAUCAUGCUCAACCCAAACAUUUUGCCAUAUUACAUCAAAAGGGUUGUAAAAGUAUUCAAAAGUAAAGUUUCUGUGCAAUUUAAUGUCACAAAUACCCUGUACAAAUGACAUCUCUACAAAGUCUAUAGUACAUUGUACUUGUAAAUCAACUUGUCUACUGCAUACCAUACAUAUUGCAUGAUAUAGAUUUAGUCCAACCAUUUUGACCUUGGUGUUGAAUCAUGUAUUUUAUGUUGUAGCAGUCAGUGAGAUCUUUCCUGUUUAAGUGUAACAAAGAGGUGAAAAUGUUGAUGCCAUAACGAUAUUGAAGCUGUAUCAAAUGCCUGUUUCUGAACUAAUAAAUGUUUAAUUUUAUUGUAAACCAAA